GUAGCUCUCUAUUAUAUUACCGGUAUCUGUUUCCUACAUGUUUGUAUACUUAUUAGACCAAGUUCUCGACCUUAUAUAUAAUCUGCGAUGUAGUCGCAUGUACUUCUCUAACUUGUAUCAUUAACAUCGAAUAUCGUUGUAUGCCGACAAAACAGUCCAUUCAACCACUCAGAAUUGAGGAAUACAACUGGGACUCAGAGAACAAUGUAAACGUAGAAGAUUCAAAGCAAGUAUUCUAUGAUCUCUCUAGGAGGUUGAGCGGUGAAUCCAAACAACAACAAACGCCUGCUGACGCUAGAAGGCCUUCGCUUGGCAUCUCGGAAGCAACCGUCAAUGAGGAAAAUGAGGAGGUGUCUGAGGAAAAGGACUUCGAUUUAAAAACAUUCAUUGAAGGUGAUAGGAAGAGAUAUACUGAAGCAGGUAAGACACACAAACCACACUUGGGACUUACAUGGAAAGAUCUCACGGUUAAAGGUGCCGGAAGUGGAUCCACCUUCGUCAAAACCUUUCCAGAGGCUAUCGUGUCAACAUUUGGUCCUGAUGCUUAUUAUUUCAUUACUGGUUACAUUCCUCAAUUGAAGAUAUUUGGUAAAAAGCCACCCAUUCGCAACUUGGUUAACUCAUUUACUGGUACUCUACAUGGACGUGAAAUGAUGUUGGUUUUGGGUAGACCCGGAAGCGGCUGUACCACCUUCCUCAAAGCACUUGCAAACAAGAGAGAAGAUUUUGUCUCAGUCGACGGUCAUGUUAGUUAUGGUGGACUCUCAUCAGAAGAAGUCAAGAAGAAGUACCGUGGUGAGGUCGUUAUAAACACAGAGGAAGAUAUUCACUUCCCAACUCUCACUGUUGCUCAAACACUCGCAUUCGCAAUUCGUGAGAAAGUACCACGUAUACGUCCACCAGGUAUGAAAAGAUCAGAAUUUGUCAAUUAUAUCCUUGAAGCACUCUUGAAGAUUUUCGGUAUCGAACACACUGCUAACACGAUUGUCGGAAACGAUGUUGUUAGAGGUGUCUCUGGUGGUGAGCGCAAGAGAGUCUCAAUUGCUGAAACUCUUAUUAGUCGCGCAUCUGUAAUGUGUUGGGACAAUUCUACACGUGGUUUGGAUGCCAGCACGGCGGUUGACUACGUGCGCUCUUUGAGAAUUAUUACAGAUAUAACCGGUGGUACAUCAAUCGCAACCCUUUAUCAAGCUGGUGAAGGUAUAUAUGAGCUGUUCGAUAAGGUAUGCGUCAUUGAUGAAGGUCGCUGUAUCUUCUAUGGUCCAGCAAACGAGGCAUGUGCGUACUUUGAGAGCAUAGGUUUCUACAAACCACCACGUCAAACCUCGGCAGAUUUCUUGACGGGAAUCACAGACAUUCACGAGCGUACUAUCAAAGAAGGCUGGGAAAGCCUUGCCCCACGUACGCCUGAAGAGCUUGAACGAGCAUAUAGGAACUCUCACUACUAUCAACGUGCUGUCGCUUCUGCUGAUGAAUCAUUUGAUGCCGAGAAGGAUCAGUUAGACGACUUCAAGAAAUCCGUUCGGGAAGAUAAGAAGAGACGUAUGGCUAAGAGCUCACCUUACACUGUCUCAUACACUGAACAAAUUUAUUAUUGCUUUAUUCGUCAAAUUCAAUUACAACUUGGACAAUUAGAUGGUCAUUAUACUAAGCUUGGAACAAUUCUCAUUUGCUCAUUUGUCGUCGCGUCGCUAUUCUAUGGUGAAGCACAAAGUUCCGGUGGAGCGUUUGGUCGCGGUGGUGUUCUAUUCUUCUCUAUUUUGUUCAUUGGUUGGUUACAGCUACCAGAGAUUUGGGAUGCUGUGAAUGGCCGUGUUAUCAUUCAGAGACACAAGGAGUUCGCUUACUAUCGUCCAUCUGCUGUCGUUUUUGCUAGAGUAUUAUGCGACAUACCCCUACUCUUUGUUUUUGUCUCUCUGAUGGCAAUCAUUGUCUAUUUCUUGGCUUCACUUCAAUACGAGGCUGGAAAGUUCUGGAUUUACUACUUAUUUGUAUAUAGCAGUGCAUUUGCACUCACUCAAUUCUAUCGUGCAGUUAGUGCACUCAGUCCAACCUUCAACGAAGGUUUGAGAUUCUCAGUAGCUGCAUUCAACAUCGCUGUUGUAUUCGUUGGUUAUGUAAUUCCUCGUAUGGACAUGCCGUCAUGGUUCAAGUGGAUCUCCUACAUCAAUCCUCUUCCAUUCGCAUUCGAGGCUGUCAUGGCUAAUGAAUUCCAUGGUAUGACACUUACAUGCGAUGAGUCGUCUAUUGUUCCCCUUGGCGCACCUGGUUCGGAAGAACAAUAUCAAACAUGCGCAUUCCAAGGUUCUGUACCAGGUAGUUUGACUAUUUCUGGAGACGACUACAUUCAAACAGCCUUCGGAUACAGUUAUUCCCACGUUUGGCCAAACUUUGGUUAUAUCAUGGCUUAUACAGUUGGUUACAUCGCAGCUACAGCUAUUCUGAAUGAGUUGUUCGAUUUCUCAGGAAACGGUGGCGGUGUUACUGUAUUUGCUAAAACUGAGAAAGGUAAAGCCAAGGCUAAAGAAACCGAGAAAGCGCUCACUGGAGAUAUUGAGAGUGGAAUUACGACAAAUUCAGUUGAAGAGAAAGGCGCAGCUAUUGAUAUCAAACCUGGCGCUAUCAAACCAUCUGAAGCUGACUUUACUUUCAAGAAUGUUACCUAUACCGUUCCAACUGCUACCGGAGACAAACGACUUCUUGAUAACAUCACAGGAUAUGUCAGACCUGGUACCAUCACAGCUCUUAUGGGUGCAUCUGGAGCAGGUAAAACAACCCUUCUGAAUACACUUUCUCAAAGAAUGACAAUGGGUGUUGUUACUGGUGAUAUGUUGAUCGAUGGUAAACCACUCGAACUUAACUCGUUCCAAAGAGGUACUGGUUAUGUUCAGCAAGGUGAUUUACACGAUCCUUAUGCUACUGUUCGCGAAUCAGUUGAAUUCUCAGCUAUUCUGAGACAACCACGUGAAACACCUCGUGCUGAGGUUCUCGAAUAUGUCGAUCAAGUUCUCGAGCUUCUUGAAUUAAAGGAAUUAGAAGAUGCUAUCAUUGGUUCACCUGAAGCUGGUUUGGGUGUCGAACAACGUAAGAGAGUAACAAUUGCGGUUGAAUUGGCAGCUAAACCAGAUGUACUUCUCUUCCUUGAUGAACCAACUUCAGGUUUAGAUUCCCAAUCAGCAUACUCGAUUGGUCGUUUUAUGAACAAGCUUGCAGAUGCCGGUCAAGCUAUAUUAUGUACAAUUCACCAACCUUCGAGUUUACUCUUUACGGAAUUCUUCGACCGUCUACUUUUGCUUGCUCCUGGCGGUAAAGUCGUUUACCAAGGUCCUGUUGGAGAUAAUGGGUCGGCUAUUGUAGACUACUUCAAGCGUAUUGGUGCUCGAGAAUGUCAACCUCACGAAAAUGUAGCUGAAUACGCUAUCGAAACGAUCGCUUACGGACGUGAUGCUAAGGGAAACAAAGUCAGCUUUUCAGAUCUUUACCGUGACUCAGAGGAAGCGACGAAUGUGUUGAAAGAAGUAGACAGAAUCAAUGCCGAGAAAUCCCAAAAGCCAAAGGAACUAAACAAGAUGAUGACCAGGACAUACUCCCAACCGCUUGCUGUCCAAUGCAAGCUCCUCAGUGAGAGACUUCUCAAGAAUUAUUGGCGAGAUAGCUCAUACGGUUACGGAAAGCUCUUCACAACGGUUAUAAUUGCAAUCUUCAACGGUUUCACUUUCUUUAAAGUUGGUACAACACAAACUGACUUACAAUCUCGCAUGUUCAGUAUAUUCUUGAUGAUCUUACUGCCACCUGCAAUCAUCAACGCUUUAGUUCCAAAGUAUUUCACUAUGUAUGGUCUUUACAACACCCGGGAGGGUCUUAGUAAGACAUACUCAUGGUUUGCAUUUGUCACUAGCUUCAUUAUAGCUGAAAUGCCUUAUGCUCUCCUGAAAGCUGUAGUUUAUUGGAUUAUUUCAUAUUGGCCCGUUGGAUUCACACACGAUGGUAACGAUAUCAGAACGGGCAGUGAUGCAGCACUCACUUUCAUGUUAACACUUUUCUUCUUCGUAUUCCAGGCACUCUGGAGCAUUUGGUUAUGUACCUCUGCACCCACUCCUCAGUUCGUUUUCAAUACUAUGACUUUCCACCUUGUUAUUCUCAACUUGGUUAAUGGUAUCAUCAUACAAUACGAUGCAAUUCCCGUCAUAUGGCGUUAUACAAUCUACUAUAUCAACCCAAUAACAUACUUCCUUGGUGGUAUGAUUGGCGCUACUACAGGAAACGUUAAUAUCAACUGCAACCAGAGGGAACUCGCCACUUUUGAUCCACCGCUAGGACAGAGUUGUGAAUCUUACGCUGGUGUCUACGCGGAAAAUGCUCCAGGUUAUUUAUUGAAUGGAGAUGCAACAUCCGCCUGUCAAUAUUGUCCGAUGAGUGACUCAAGCGGAUUCUUAGAGAGCAUCCACGUCUUCCAAGGUUCCGGAUGGCCUUGGGGUUACUUCGGUAUCUUUUCACUUUACAUUUUCUCAAACUUAUUUUUGGCAUAUGCACUCUACUACGUUACCAAGGUCCUAAAGUUCUCACCAACAACGUUCAUGAAGAACUUAUUCAAAAAAGAUAGGAAAUAAACAACAAAAUCGCGCAUCAUUUCUUUUGGAUAUAAUGUUUCACUUUUAUGAUGACCUCUUAAUACUGUAAAC